UGCCAGUUACUAGCAAACAAUGGCCCAGUAGUAGUGAAGAGACUAGAGAGUGAGCUAUUAAAAAAGAAAAAGAAAAACUCCUCUUAGAUCAAAAUCGAGCCGACACUUUCGCGAUUACACUGAAUCUACUGAAAUCGAUUCAUGAGAGCUUGGAUUUGGCUAUCGGAGACUUUAGAUUUGGUGUAAUCAUCACCAUCACGCUAAAUUCUUGAGUGUAUUGAAUCUUUGAGACCGAGAUGAAGGAGGAGGAUGCCUUGCCGACGACGACGUCUACAGGUACGGCGACGGGAACAGCUAUGGCGAAUUCGAAGAAGGAUAACUCAGACUCGGCCUUGUUUGGAAGAGGCCGGUACAAGUUCUGGGCAUUUGCUGCUAUUUUGCUUCUGGCUUUUUGGUCGAUGUUCACUGGUACCGUCACUCUCCGGUUAUCCACCGGAAAUCUGAACCGGUUAUCCGACGAUCGCGGGUUUACAAAUUACGAGAACCUCGACGUUCUGGAAAUGGAGGAGAGAGAAAAAGUGGUGAAGCAUAUGUGGGAUGUAUACACUAACAGUCAUCGGAUCAAAUUGCCUAGAUUUUGGCAAGAGGCGUUCGUAGCUGCUUACGAAGAACUCACCAGUGAUGUUCCUGGGGUUAGAGACGCUGCUUUUGGUGAAAUCGCCAAGAUGUCCGUUGAGUCUAUCCCUCUUGAUCCACCUCCCUCUCGAUCAAUGGACGCAAGGGAAUUGAGAAGAAGCUUGAAGAGAAUUCCACACAAGCCAGCAGCGAGUAGCUGAUGGUGAUAUUGGUAACACACCUUUACAUAUAAACCUACGAUCAUUUCUACUUGCAGCCAAAAGAUGAACACUACGAAAUGGAUAGUUCAAUUUUGGGAUAUUCAUAUUCUUGAUCAAAUUGCUCCUUUUGCAUUGUAUUGAUUGGUAAUUACAUAGAGCUGCUUUUAUAAAUAUAUGUACACUCAUGGAUACUUAUGAUAUAUGUCUUCUUCCGAGA